AUGCGCGGGCUCGGCAGCGAUGACGGCGAAAAAGUGACGGCGGAGGACGACCGCAAUCUGCUUGGCGACCCGUCUGUGGCGGGAGCAUCAACGGCGCUCGCAGGAGGUGGAGGCGACAAGGGCGUCGGGAGUUCGCCCAAGUAUCAGGAGUUCCUAUCUAGAUAUUCGCCCUUGCUGACACAUCGUAUGGCCGGAGACUCGGCUCGGCUACUGGACGGCCUCGGCGAUGCCGUUCGCGCGGUGCUCGCGCACAAGAACAGCUUGACUGACGAAGAGUGGCUCGUCGCGCUUGCGCACGUUGAAGCCAUCCGCUGCAGCAGGGCGGCGGCGGGGAUAGAGCUCGAGGACGACACUCCGCAGUGGCUUGUGGAAGCGGCGAUGAAGAUGACGCUGGUGGAGCCGGAGGAGGAGUCGCGGCCCGCCUUCUCAGAGUCGGACUGCCGGCGCGCUGGCUGGUGUUGUGGGGAUUCUUAA